CAGGAUCAGCGAGCCCGUGAUCCACCAAACAAUCCGUGAGGCAGCUGGAGGAAUGCGACGUGCUAUCAGGUUCCAGAUGAAUAGUCCUGAUAAAAUCGCUUUGGUUUUCCCAUUCUGGCGCCCCAAUUUCAACUGUGAACUGCACUCCUGUGAAGGGGCAGUUAUGUUGCGUGGAAGGCAUGAUGGACGUAAAAGGUAUCCCAUUGAUCCCCUCCUUCUCCAUAUGGAAGAGGGCGAACCAAAGCACCGGAUGUUCCAGUCUCUUUACAUUCUUCGGACUCUUGCGGUGAUCCUCUUUGCUGGAAAAAUUGCAGAGAUGGAUGACGAAAAAAAUUUGGUCAAGUCUUGUUGGGAAGUCAGUGCAGCAAACUGCACUGCAAAACUUUACAACAUCCGGGAGGUUACGCCCGGACUCGUUGCCCUCGCAGCUGUUUCGGCCUGGAGGAUUUUGCUUCCCCCUGAGGAUCGGCAUCAAGAUGAAGACCGAUUUCACUUCUGGAGGAAGUGCAUUUUCACGGCCAUUGAUGCAGAAAAAAACUACCCAAAGGAGCAACCAAGGCCAUUUCAUGAGACGAUAUUUCAGCUGAAUGAAUGGUUAUUUGGGCAGGCUUCCAGAUCGAGUGGGAAUGAGAAGUCGGAACAGGCGCUGGCAUUGCAAGCGGACUUAGACAGUGAAUUCGACUUUUCAGCAGAACAUGAAUUUUUUGAGCAAUUCAAGGCUGUUGUGAUGACAAAAGAAACAGAAUUAAAUGCCGAGGCUCAGAAUCCAGAUAUGCUUCCCCAUGCGCAACAUCAGGUUGGGGGGCAAUUGUCCAAUGGCAGCCAUGCCACUGGGGAUGUAGCUACAUUCUCAGCUGCGGAACUACCUAUAGGCCCUGCUGCAACCACUUCAGGUGCGGACACAGUGACAGCUGAGGAAAGUGUCAUGCCAAGUGGUGUCUUGCUGGUUCCACAGGCCCAGCAGAGGAGGAAGCGUGGAGCACGGAAGAGCCAGACUAAGGGACCUGUUCGCAAGAGUCAACGCAUCAGCGGCCCCGCGGGAGAUGCUGACAUUCCCACAUUGGCUUUGCCCGCUCAGGGAAACAAGUCCUGAAUUACAAAAGUGGAAGGACACGCCAAAUAAAAUUGUUUCUGGCUCAUUGCUUCACAAAAUCUCAAGUUGGCGGAGUAUUCCCAUAUUAUAAUAUUCCAAUAUACCAUUGCAGCGGGUUGGUUGACUCUGAGACUUGU